AGCCAGAGACAGUAAUAGGAAAAAAAACAAACAUGGCCACCACUUCUUUUACAGCUCCCAAACUCUCUUCCCCAACUCUCCAAACCCUUUACCGGAACCUUCCCGUCUCUGUCCCUUUACCCAAGACCCUUUCUUCCUUUUCCCGCCACCGUUCUCCCUCUAUCUCUCGCUUCCACCAUCACCACUUGCACCACCGCCGCCUCUUCUCCGUUCGUGCCGAGUCCGAGAAUGGUGCUGAGCCGCCGCGGCACUAUGACUUCGACCUCUUUACAAUCGGUGCCGGCAGUGGUGGCGUUCGUGCUUCCCGUUUCGCAGCCAAUUUUGGUGCUGCUGUUGCUGUUUGUGAGCUUCCGUUUUCGACCAUUUCUUCUGAGACCACCGGCGGCGUUGGCGGGACAUGCGUACUUAGAGGAUGUGUACCAAAAAAACUCAUGGUUUAUGCGUCUAAAUAUUCUCAUGAAUUUGAUGAGAGUAAUGGUUUUGGAUGGAAAUAUGACACUGAACCAAAGCAUGAUUGGAGCACCUUGAUGGCUAAUAAAAACGCUGAGUUACAGCGUCUUACCGGUAUUUACAAGAACAUUCUCAAUAAUGCUGGGGUUACAUUAAUUGAAGGUCGUGGAAAGAUUGUGGAUCCACACACUGUUGACGUAGAUGGAAAGCUUUACGCUGCGAGACAUAUACUGAUUUCAGUUGGUGGACGUCCAUUUAUUCCUGAGAUUACAGGAAGUGAAUACGCAAUAGAUUCUGAUGCUGCCCUUGAUUUGCCCUCAAAACCAGAGAAAGUUGCAAUAGUUGGUGGUGGAUACAUAGCUUUGGAAUUUGCUGGCAUUUUCAAUGGAUUGAAAAGUGAGGUUCACAUAUUUAUACGUCAGAAAAAAGUUUUACGUGGUUUUGACGAAGAGAUCAGAGAUUUUGUUGGAGAACAAAUGUCUCUAAGGGGAAUUGAGUUUCAUACAGAGGAGUCACCUCAGGCAAUUGUUAGGUCAGCUGAUGGUUCACUGUCUCUGAAGACCAACAAAGGAACAGUUGAAGGCUUUUCACAUAUAAUGUUUGCUACUGGUCGAAGACCUAAUACAAAGACCUUAGGAUUGGAGUCAGUGGGAGUGAAAAUGAACAAGAAUGGAGCGAUAGAGGUUGACGAAUACUCACGUACUACGGUACCUUCCAUUUGGGCUGUAGGGGAUGUUACAGAUAGAAUAAAUUUGACUCCUGUUGCUUUGAUGGAAGGAGGAGCAUUAGCAAAAACACUGUUUCGGAAUGAACCAACUAAACCUGAUUAUAGGGCUGUUCCCUCUGCUGUCUUUUCCCAGCCACCAAUUGGACAAGUUGGUCUUACUGAAGAACAGGCUAUAAAAGAAUAUGGUGAUAUUGAUGUCUACACAGCAAACUUCAGGCCAUUGAAGGCCACUCUCUCAGGGCUUCCUGAUCGGGUUUUCAUGAAACUCGUAGUCUGUGCAGAAACAAACAAAGUUCUUGGUCUGCACAUGUGUGGAGAAGAUUCAGCUGAAAUUGUGCAGGGAUUUGCAGUUGCUGUGAAAGCUGGCUUGACGAAAGGAGACUUUGAUGCCACAGUGGGUGUUCAUCCAACAUCAGCUGAGGAGUUUGUCACAAUGAGGACUCCCACUCGGAAGAUACGACAAAAGCCUGAUUCUCAGAGAAAGACGGGUCUCGAGGCAAAAGCUGCAGCAGGGAUUUAGCAAGAGUAAUUAAUUAGCUGGACACUGCAGGAGUUCCAUUUAAGGUUGGGUACUAGUGGAAGUCCAUCUUGUGUAUAGUUGCUGGAUCUCAGAUUUUGAGUCGUGAUGAAUGAUGAUCAUAUGGAGCAAAGGUGUCCUUUGGGCGGCACUCAUGAAUGCAAGCUACAGGAGGUCUUCAAAGGGCAAUGAUAUUGCUGUGAAUUUGUAGUGUGACUUUGCACCUUCAAGCAUGGGAGGCAGGGAGUUUCACUCUGAGGGCCAUGACAUAGGGUCCUCGUUUGAAAGAAUUUCUCCAUUUUUGCUCUAAAUGAUGCUCUUUUUUGCAACUUUCUUUUCUUUUUCUACCAUACACUAUAAAUGAAUACUUGCUAUAGCUAAUUUAUCUUAAAAUGCAUUCUUUUGUAGCAAAUCUACAUUUUUUUCAGUUAUUGAUCAAACGCUAUUGGGCCGUUGGUUUGUCCCGAAC